AUGGGGGACUGGAGUUUCCUGGGGAACAUCUUGGAGGAGGUUAAUGAGCACUCCACGGUCAUCGGCCGCGUAUGGCUCACGGUGCUUUUCAUCUUUCGGAUCCUCAUCCUCGGCACUGCAGCAGAGUUCGUGUGGGGGGAUGAGCAGUCUGACUUCGUGUGCAACACCCAGCAGCCAGGUUGCGAGAACGUCUGCUACGACGAGGCCUUCCCCAUCUCCCACAUCCGUCUCUGGGUCCUGCAGAUCAUCUUCGUCUCCACGCCGUCGCUGGUGUACGUGGGGCACGCGGUGCACCACGUCCGCAUGGAGGAGAAGCGCAAGGAGCGCGAGGCCGAGGAGCUGAGCCAGCAGUCGCCGGGCAACGGCGGCGAGAGGGCGCCCCUAGCGGCGGACCAGGGCAGCGUCAAGAAGAGCAGCAGCAGCAGCAAAGGCACCAAGAAGUUCCGGCUGGAGGGGACCCUGCUGAGGACCUACGUCUGCCACAUCAUCUUCAAGACCCUCUUUGAGGUGGGCUUCAUCGUGGGCCACUACUUCCUGUAUGGUUUCCGGAUCCUGCCCCUCUACCGCUGCAGCCGGUGGCCCUGCCCCAACGUGGUGGACUGCUUUGUGUCACGACCCACCGAGAAAACCAUCUUCAUCCUCUUCAUGCUCUCCGUGGCCUCCGUGUCCCUCUUUCUCAAUAUUCUGGAGCUGAGCCACCUGAGCCUGAAGAAAAUCCGAUCCGCCUUCAAGAGGCCGGUGGAGCAGCCACUGGGGGAGAUUCCUGAAAAGUCCCUCCACUCCAUUGCCGUCUCCUCCAUCCAGAAGGCCAAGGGCUACCAGCUCCUCGAAGAAGAGAAAAUCGUGUCCCAUUAUUUCCCUUUGACGGAGGUGGGGAUGGUGGAGGCCACCCCCCUUUCUGCCAAGCCUUUCAGUCAGUUCGAGGAGAAGGUGGGCCCGGGGCCCCUGGGAGACUUGUCCAGGGCCUACCAGGAGACACUGCCUUCCUACGCUCAGGUGGGCGCCCAGGAGGCAGUCGCGGAGGGGCAGCCGGUAGAGGCGGCCGCGGAACUAGAGGUGGGUGAGAAGAGUCAGGAGGCAGAGAGAGUGAGCACAGAAGGCCAAGAGACCCUGGCCGUGCUGGAAGCGGAGAAAGUGGAGCCCCCCGAAGUGGAGGAGGAGGUUGAGAAAGAAGAGCCGCCGCCUGAGAAGGUAUCAAAGCAAGAGCUGACGCCUGAGAAGGCGCCUUCGCUGUGUGCGGAGCUGCCGGGGGAAGACACCAGACCCCUGAGCAGGCUGAGCAAAGCCAGCAGCCGGGCCAGGUCAGACGAUCUCACCGUGUGAAGCGGUGCCAAAGAGAGAAAGAAAACGCCUGAGCUAGCUAACACACGGCAAGAUGAAACCUAAAGUUGCCGACACGAUUUGAGUCUUCUCUCCCUCCCCUCACACCCACCCUGGUUGGACGGGCACCGUGGUAGAACUGUGCAUGCCCUACAACCAGGAAACUGCCUUUCCCGGGUACAAAGGCUACCCAGAUAAACCCAU